AAACAAAUAUGUCAAAAAUGACAAGAUUAUGGUUUGGGAUGUCGUAUUUGUGUGAUUUGUGAUAAUAAAUUAAAUAAAAUUUAACAAUUGACAAUAUAAUGUGUGAAAAUGGCUUCGGUAAAAGUUGCUGUAAGGGUUCGCCCAUUCAAUCAAAGGGAGAAGGACAUGAAUGCAAAACUAAUUGUCCAAAUGGAGGGAAAGAAGACAAGAUUAUUAAAUAGCAAAGAGCACAAUGACGGCAGCCGAGAGAAGUCCAAGGACUUCACGUUCGACUACUCGUACUGGUCGUUCGACGGCGCCGACCCGCAGUAUGCCUCGCAGGACCAGGUAUUCGCGGACCUCGGCGUGGACGUCAUCGACUCGGCGUUCGAGGGGUACAACGCGUGCGUGUUCGCGUACGGACAGACCGGCAGCGGCAAGACCUUCACCAUGAUGGGCUCGCCCGACAACCAAGGCCUGAUCCCGCGCAUCUGCCGCCAGCUCUUCUCCCGCAUCGCGUCAGGCAAGGAGUCUGGGGCCUCCUACCGCACAGAAGUCUCCUACCUAGAGAUCUACAACGAACGAGUGGCAGACCUGCUGGCGGGGGGUGCGGGGGGCGCGGGGGCGCACGCGCUGAGGGUCAGGGAGCAUCCGAAGUUGGGGCCGUAUGUGCAGGAUCUGUCGCGGCAUCGGGUGGAUGAUUUGGAUCAGAUUCAGGAGUGCAUGCACCGCGGCAACUUACAACGCACCACCGCGUCGACGCAAAUGAACGACACGUCGUCUCGCUCGCACGCCAUCUUCACACUCACCUUCGUGCAAGCGAGUUAUUUGAGGCACAACAACAUGCCCAGUGAGACUGUCGCUAAGGUGCAUCUGGUGGAUUUAGCGGGAAGCGAGCGCGCAGACGCGACAGGCGCCACCGGGGCCCGUCUAGUGGAGGGAGCACACAUCAACAAGUCGCUGGUGACGCUCGGCUCCGUCAUCUCCGCGCUGGCAGACUGCAGCCAACAGGCGCCGAGCGACGGUAAUGUGCACCUUAUUGUCAGCGUCAUAGGGCUCACACCGGGGCUGGUGACGCUGGUGACGUCAUCUCCGCACUGGCAGACUGCAGCCAGCAGGCGCCCGACGCGUCAUAGGGCACACAUCAACAAGUCGCUGGUGACGCUCGGCUCCGUCAUCUCCGCGCUGGCAGACUGUAGCCAGCAGGCGCCGCCCGACGGCCGCACCCCCAAAGGCAGCAAGAAGGUGUUCAUCCCGUACCGCGACUCGGUGCUCACGUGGCUGCUCAAGGACUCGCUCGGCGGCAACUCCAAGACCAUCAUGAUCGCUGCCAUAUCCCCAGCCGACUGCAACUACGGAGAGACCCUGUCCACUCUCCGCUACGCCAACCGAGCCAAGAACAUCAUCAACAAGCCGACGAUCAACGAGGACCCCAACGUCAAGCUCAUCAGGGAACUCAGGGAGGAGAUCGAGAAGCUACGGAAGCAGAUUACAUUGACUACGGACCCCAUAGACACAGAAUCAAGCGUGCUGGCGACGCUGCAGCGCAAGGAGGCGCAGGAGAAGGUGCUGACGGAGAAGUGGACGGAGAAGUGGCGGGAGACGCAGCAGAUUCUACAGGAACAAAAAGCCCUAGGGCUCCGCAAGAGCGGCCUCGGCGUGGUGCUGGACUCGGACAUGCCGCACCUCGUGGGCAUCGACGACAACCUGCUGUCCACCGGCGUCACGCUCUACCAUCUCAAGGAAGGCGAGACCCUAAUCGGCAGCGACCCCUCAUCAGACAUCCUGGUGUCGGGCGCGGACGUGCUGCCCUCACACUGCCGCAUCACGCUCCGGGGGGGGGCCGCCACGCUGCUGCCGCGCGGCGUGUGCUGGCUCAACACCGUGCUGCUGGACCAGCCCACGAGGCUCAGCCAGGGCUGCAUCCUCCUCCUCGGGCGCACCAACAUGUUCCGCUACAACGACCCGGCGGAAGCGGCCAAACUGCGACAAGAGGGCGCCGUGCUGAACCUGUCGCGCCUGUCGCUGCUGUCCUGGUCCACCACCGACCUCACCCAGCCCCCUGACCCAGACUCCGACACCCAACUAUCAGCUCAACGCCAGCAGCUGGAGCUGGAGCGCCAGCAGUUCCUGCAGCAGCAGAGGACCCGCCAGGAGAGCUGGCAGGCGGAGAGGAAACAGCUGCUGCAGGCACAGAAGAAGCUGCAUGAGGAGCGUUCAGCAAUGGAGCGCGAAUACUCCCUGGCCUGCCGCCGCCUCUCCGGCGACUGGAGCACACUGGAACGCGGCUGGAGCGCCCGGCGCCGCGCGCUGCGGGUGCGAGCGAGGCAGCUGCGCGACAGACAGAGACGGCACCAGGCUACGAGCGAGCGGCACGCGCGGGCGGUGAGUGCGAGUGAGAGAGCUAUAGCAGUGGCAGAGUGCUGCGGGUGCGAGCGAGGCAGCUGCGGGACAGACAGAGACGGCACCAAGCUACCAGCGAGCGGCACGCGCGGGCGCUGUAGAUUACAAGCGGAGACUGAAGCCGAGCACGCGGCGGCCCUGCGCCGGCUGAUCGACGGGAAGGCGGCUGACCUGGAUGGAUACAUCAGGAGUACGGUGAAGGAGCUGGUGGCGCAGGGGUAUACUGUUGAUGAGAGCUUAACGCCGAGUCCAGACAGUCCCAAUUCCGACGUGUCGUCCGAGUCCCUGAUGCGAAUCCUGGAACAAUGCGACCCUGACACCGCCACCAGCAUCAAAGAUACUGUGGAGAGACAUAAACAAGAGAUAUCCGAGUUGGAGAGCGAGCUGGACAUCCGCACCGCGUCCGUAGCGUCCCACCGAGCCAAGGUGGAGCGACUGCAGGCGGAGCUGGCCUUACUGGCGGCGCAGGAGGAGGGGCUACGGCGAGCCCUGGCCAGCGACGACGCCGCCUCACCCGAGCCGUCCCCCCUAGAAGGCGUGAAGCGCAGCAAGUCGGAGCUGGUGCUGCGGCCCUCGCGCGACGACGAUGAUGUACUGGACCCGCUGUCUGCUGACGAGAGAGAGGAGUUUAGGAGUCGGAAGAACAGCCUAACCCUUCCCUUGGACCCUCUCGGCUCGCCAGAGUCCUACCACACAGCAUCACCCACCUCGGCCACGCCCACCGCCGACACGACCACGCCUACCGCCGAUGCAGCCCCCUCAUUAGUCAACUCGUGGCCCACCACGGACGCUGCGUCUUCAUUGGUCAGCAGUUCCAGGCAAACUGCAGACUCUGAGCACUCAUUGGUCGGCAGCUCCAGGCAAACUGCAGACUCUGAGCAGUCAUUGGCCAGCUCGCGGCCGGAGUUUUUUAUCGACGGGCGCUGCGAUGAAGACGGGUCCAGUAAUGAUGAGUGUAGCACUUUCCAGUCCCGCGUGGCUGACGGCCAAUCCUCGAGUUCGCUCGACCGCUCGCCCGACGAGCGCCACCAGCGGGCCAAGUACAGGAGACGACUCGGAGACGGCAAGCCGCGCCGCCAAGUCACCGAAGCUGAAGCCCUGCGCGCCAUGCAGCGGCUGUGCCAGCGCAUCGCGGCGCAGAAGAUGCUGGUCAUCUCCUCGCUGGAGAACGACUGCUCCAAGGAGGACCUCAACCGGCAGAUCGCGGUGCUACAAGAGCUGCAGAAGAAGUACGUCCGUCUAGAGAUGGCGCUUCAGUAUUCAUUCUUCGAGCCGCGAGCACAGGAGCCGCCCCCCCGCGCGCCGCGCCCCGCCCCCCUCCCCCUCGCGCCCCUCUCUCCCGUCGUCAGUGAGAUACAGGUGCCAGACUCCACGGGGCGGGUCACAGAUGUUAACGAAAAUAGCUUUGAAGAUCCACUGAUGAGUCGGCUGAAAGAGUGCGAGCUCGAGGCGUCAGACAACGUGUCCACGUCCAACGACGAGCUGCACUCGGACCGGGACUGGAGCGACCGCGAGGAGCGGCGCCUGCGCAGGGCACACACCGACACACUGCCCCCAACGAUAUCGGACGGGCUAACACAUCCAAUCGAUUUCGACCAAGUGAUAGUGAUCCCCGGCUGGGUGACGCGCGGCGCGGGCGCGUCCACGCACCACGAGUACGAGGUGCGGGUGACACUCGGCCGCGAGCGCUACACGCUGCUGCGGCGCUACCGGCGCUUCCGGCAGCUGCAGCUACACGCCAACAAGAUCUAUGGACAGAAGGUGGCGUCCAUCCCCUUCCCCCCGCGCACGCUCUGGCCGGGCGCGGGCGUGGCGCGGGCCCGCCGCCCCGCUUUAGAGGCCUUCGUGAGGCGCCUCCUAGCGGUCUGCGCCACCGACCCACAGUGCCCCUUCCACCGAGCGCCGCUUAAUGGAGACACUUUGAGGGCAUUCUCGCCGUUUUUUAGAAAGGGCGUGUUCGAGAGCGGCAAGUGCGGCACGGGAUGACGGUCGCGCGCGCUGCGCCUGCGCUGUCGGGUCGCGGCGCGCGCGCUGCUGGCGCUGCUGGCUGCGGCCGCCGCGCUGCUGCACCAGGCGCUGCUGCUGCUGCUGCUGCUGCUGCGGCUGCUGCUCGAGCCGAGGAGGUAGCCGGGCGGCGGUGGGGCGGAGGAAACAUUCACUCAUAGGUACUCGUUCCAGAAAAGGUUAUCAUCAUAGACUGGGGUAGGUAGGUAGCGGGGGUGAUGGCUAUAGAACAUUGAUUGACCUUAUUGAACGACCAGACGAGCACUAAAGGGACACUCGCUUAUGCCCGGGAUACACGAGGCUAGUUUUCCAAGCUAGGAUAGCAAGCUAGUG